AAAAGUAAAAUUACUCAGUUUAAUUUGGAAGAAGGUAUCUUUUUCAGACCACAACACGCACGAUGCUGAGGCAGCUGGCGCGGUCGCUUAGCCCUCAAGGUGCAUGUGUUAUCCUGAUCCUGCGCGCUGCACCGGUGAGAGAGAGCGAACAAUUUGUGAAAGGUGAAAAGUGAUUUCGACGGGAAAACUUCCACAUAUCUCUUGAUGAGGGACCCGUCAACUUGCCGUAAAUCUCCACGUCAAAUCUCCAUGAGUGUGGCCGCCCUUGGUCGGUAAAUUUCGCCAAGCGCCAGAAUGAAAAUUCAGAGUCGAAACUAAAUCUCUACGGGUGCUCACUUUCCCAACGCAAGGUAUUACGUUUUGACGAAAUCUCGCCCAUCGUUUCAUGUGGACGAUGAGCUCUGGCGACGAAGAGAACGAUGAAGGCAUUGAACCUGGUAUUAUCGACGAAACGGACCCCGUGUUCCGUUCUGUCGCUGAAGCGGACGUCAGUUUGGAUGAAAUGAUGAGUUUGGCAUGUCGGCAAGGCAAACUCGACAUCGUGGAGUUGUUGCUGGAAAGUGGAGCGCAUGUUGAUUAUCGGAACAAGGCUGGCAAUACACCGUUGUUAGAAGCGUGCAGUCAGGGGCACGUUGAAGUGGCACGUUAUUUGUUGGACCAUAACGCCAACAUUGAUGCCCCCACUGAGACCACCUCUGAUAGUGCCCUGACGUGGGCAUGCACCCUUGGCAACGAGGCCAUUGUGGAACUGCUGUUGGAAAGGACAUCAGAUGUUGAACAUCGAACCAAAGAUGGUUGUACAGCGCUCAUGUUUGCGGCACUGGCUGGUCACGUGAAAGUGGCAGCCAUGCUGCUUGAUCAUGGUGCAGAGAUAAAUGUUGAGUCGGAUAGCAACAAGGAUAGCCCCCUUACUUUUGCUUGUUGGAAGGGGCACUGUGAUGUUGUUGAGCUUCUUCUGGAAAGGAAUGCCAACAUUGAGCAUCGCACAAAAGAAGGUUUCACACCACUCAUGUUUGCCGCCCUUGGGGGUCAUACCGAUGUGGCGCGAAAAUUACUUGAAAGAAAGGCUAAGGUUAAUGUUCCCAGUGGAAGUAAUAAUGAUAUCCCGCUGACGAGUGCCUGCUGGAAGGGUCACCAUGAUGUCGUGAAACUUCUUCUGGAGUUUAAAUCUAAUAUAGAGCAUCGCACAAAGGAUGGCUGCACUCCGCUCAUGUUGGCGGCACGUGAGGGCCAUUAUUCAGUAGCCAAGUUGAUUCUUGAUAGCAAUGCUGAAGUGAAUGUUCCCUCUGGUAGUGAAAAUAACAUCCCCCUUACUCUGGCUUGCUGGAAAGGCCAUACUAAUGUGGUUGAGCUUCUCUUGGAACACAAGUCAAAUAUUGAGCAUCGUAACAAAGCUGGCUGUACUCCCCUGAUGUUAGCCUCAAGGGAGGGUCAUGUAGACACCACUCGUCUUUUGCUAAACAAGGGAGCUGAAAUAAACACACCAUCAGGGAGUAACGACGACACACCACUUACACUGGCCUGCUGGAAAGGCCAUGUGGAUGUGGUUGAUCUUCUCCUAAAACACAACUCCAAAGUCGAUCAUCAAACUAAAACUGGCUGCACCCCUCUUAUGGAAGCUACAAGGGAGGGUCAUGUCUCUGUCGCUGAACAGUUACUUGUGCAUGGUGCUGAUGUAGAACUUCCUGAUAACUAUGGUCAAAGUCCUCUCUUUAUGGCCUGUUGGAAAGGUCACCGGGAUGUUGCAGAACUUCUCCUUGAAAAUGUUGCGAACAGAGACUGCCGAACAAAAACAGGCAUCACGCCCUUAUUUCAGGCUUGUCGAGAAAACCAUGUGGAUGUAGUAGAACUUUUGUUGGAUUAUGGAGCCAGUGUGAACGCACCAUUCCCAAACAGCAGGUUAGUCAGAUUUGCCUUUCAUAAAGAUCCUUGGGGAGUUGUGGGGAGGCAGUGGUCUAAUGAUUAGUUUGUUAGAGUUUUAAUUGAACAUUCCAGGUGAGAGCCCAGGGUCUCGUGUUAUGUUUUUGAAAAAGAUGCAAUACUUCCAGUCGCUUUACAGUAAAGAAGCUGGAGCAAAAUGCUGGCUCUAUCUGAUUCUGCUCAUCCUUGCCCAGGGAACAAACCAUUUACUUUACUGUUCUACCGCAUUUUGAAGCUGUACAGAGUUUAUUUCAAUUCAUGUUUUCUAAUCACACAAACUUGAGGAAUUUUACCACAUGACAUGUGCUUGGUA